AUGAGGGGUCGAGAUAUUAACGGGUUUAAGCUAUGGUAUUCAGGAGGGGUUGUGGGCAAUAACGGGGUAGGUAUUUUAGUUGGUAUGGAUCUCAUAGAGAUGGUAGUUGAUGUUAGGAGGGUGAAUGAUAUACUAAUGACUAUUAAGCUAGUGGUUGGUGGGUUCACUAUUAACGUGAUUAGCACUUAUACGCCUCAAGUGGGCCUGGGCAAGGAGGUCAAAAAGCACUUCUGGGACGAUUUGGACGAGGUUGUGCGUGGUAUUCCACACGCUGGGAAGUUUUUCAUAGGGGGUGAUUUUAAUGGCAAUAUUGGGGUGAUUGCUAGGGGUUAUGACGAGGUGCAUGGCGGGUUCGGUUUCGAAGAUAGGAACGAGGGCAGUACCUCAUUGUUGGAUUUUGAUAAAGCGUUUGACUUGGUGUUAGCUAAUUCAUAUUUCCAGAAGUGGGAGCAACACUUGGUCACUUUCUGGAGUAAGGUAGCCAGGACUCGGAUUGAUUACCUUCUCCUUAUGAGGGGUUAUAGAGGCCUUUGCACUGAUUUCAAGGUUAUCCCAAGUGAGUGUCAGUCGAUGCAACAUAGGCCCUUGAUAAUGGACUUGGAGGUCAAGUGA